CUCUCUCUCUCCCCCCUCCCUCCCUCCUUCUCUUUGUCCCGGCCCCCUGUCCCAGUGUCGAGGCCGGGGGAGGAGUUUAACAUUUUAAUGCAGCGUCUUUAACGCGCCCCCAUGUUUGAAUGAAGGCGCAAGAUGGCUGAAGCCCGAGGAAUGUGGUGCGUGCCAUGCCUGGCAUCGUUGGAGAUCCUACAGGAGCUGUGCCGGACGGGGGAACUGACCUGCGCGGCGCUUGGCAUCGGGCGGGGCGAGCUGACGGAGUACGAGGUCGAAUAUCUGUGUGGAUUCAAGAAGGAGAAGGGUACGGAGUACUACCUGGUGAAGUGGAAGGGAUGGCCGGAAAGCACCAACACCUGGGAACCUCGGAGGCACCUCCACUGCCUCGGGCUGAUCAAGCAGUUCCAGGAAGACCAGAGGGUGUUCCAUCAGCAGGUGAAGGCGGCCAGGAAGUUGAAGCUGAACAACUGCCGGGUCCGGGACCAUGGCAUGGCCUUCACUGAGUACGUGGUGAGGAAGUCCAUGCACAGGCUGGCCCUGAAAUGCUGGGAGGAGCAACUGAACAGGAAGAAGACCCACCAGGGGAAGAUCUUGGUGGAGAACGAGGUGGACUUUGAGCCUCCGCCCCUGGACUUCCACUACAUCAACCAGUACUUGCCGUCACGUGGGAUUAACCUCAGCCGGGAACCGCUGGUCGGGUGCGAGUGCUCGGACUGUCUGGUGGAGAAGUGUUGCCCAGAGGAGGCAGGGGCAAAGUUUGCCUACAACGCCGAGCGCAAGCUGAGGAUCGCUCCGGGGAAGCCAAUCUUCGAGUGUAACUCGUGCUGCCGCUGUGGCCCGCUGUGUCCAAACCGUGUGGUGCAGCAAGGAACUCUCUAUGAUCUCUGCAUCUUCCGCACCUCCAACGGCAGAGGCUGGGGCAUCAAGACCCUGCAGAAAAUCAAGAAGAAUCGGUUCGUCAUGGAAUACGUGGGAGAGGUGAUCACCAGUGAGGAGGCGGAACGCCGCGGACGAUUCUACGACAGUAAGGGCAUCACCUACCUGUUCGACCUGGACUACGUGGAGGACGAAUAUACGGUGGAUGCCGCGCGGUUUGGAAAUAUAUCGCACUUUGUCAAUCACAGUUGUGAUCCCAACCUUCAGGUUUACAAUGUUUUUAUCGAUAGUUUGGACACACGUUUACCGAGGAUCGCCCUGUUCUCCACGCGCUCCAUCAAGAUUGGUGAAGAGCUGACAUUUGACUACCAGAUGAAGGGCUCGGGCGAUGUGUCGAUCACCGAGGCAUCAGAGACCAACGGGCCGAGUAAGAAGCAGCGCAGGAUGGAAUGCAAGUGCGGCUCAGUCUCGUGCAGAGGCUACAUGAACUAACCCGCCACACCGAGGAUAGGAAGCCAUGCUUGGUGUUGGACCAGCGGGAGUGUGUUCUCCAGAGGCCCAGAGAUUGGAGGCGUUGGUGAGAGGGGGACCUCUGUCAGAAGGUGACCCCUCCACUUGGCCCCUGGACUGAAGGCAGCUCCUGUGAGGAGGUUUCCUCUCGGGGAAGAAAAGUUUCCCCUUUUUAAUUGUUUGCUUUGGAUUUGGAUAAUUGCUAAUUGUUCCGUGACCUGGGUUGGGCAGACUUGGUGGGGGGCAGCUUUGUG